AUGAAUAAUAGUACUGUAUACGGUGGUACAUGGUAAAAUAUAGACGUAGCAAUAAAAGAAAUGCUUUUAAGUUACGAAGAAUUAGGUUCAAUGGAAGAAGAAAUAACGAUAAUGUCGAAAAGUCGACAUCCAUAAAUGAUAAUAAUGUACGGAAUAUCUUUGAAAUAAAUAAGGUAAAAUAAAUUACUCUGUUGGAUAAUAAUGGAAAAAAUGGAAUAAAAUUUAGACUAAUUUAUUUUCGGGAAAAAAAUAUAAUAAAUUGAUUUAAAAACAAAAUUGAAUAUUUGCUAAUAGAUUAUUAGUGGUGUUAAUUUUCUUCAUGGUUCUGAUAUUAUACAUAGAGAUUUAAAAUUAUCGAAUAUACUUCUUGAUAAAAAAUUAAAUGCGAAAAUUACAGACUUAGGAAUUGCAAAACUUCUAGAAAAUAAAGAAAAAACACUCAAUAUAACUGUUGCUUUUACAGCAAGAUAUGCAGCACCCGAAACUGCUAUUGAUGGAAAGAGUUACCUUAAAUCAGAUAUUUGGUCUUUAGGUAUUAUGGUUUAUGAAAUAUUUUUAGAAGAAAGGGCUUGGAAAAAUGAAUCUGUAAAUAGAAUAAUUAUUAACUUGUCAUAAGAAAAAAGUCCUUUUGAAAAAGGAUGGGAAAAUAUUAUUAAUAAUUAAAUUAUUGUUGAUGUUAUUAAAGGAGCAGUUGAUUAUAACAAAUAGACUAGGUUUGAUUUAAAUCAAGUUUCUUAAAAAAUUAAUAGUUUGAAAUUUUGAUUAAAUAUAUAAACUUUAUUUAUUUAGAAUUAUCUAUAUUAUUAU